GCUUCACUCAUAGUUAAAACAUUUUGAGUAGUGAGAGAGGUGCGAGAAGGCCCGGCGGCCAGAUAAUUAUCGGUGUAUAUAUACCGGUGAGAAUCCCACACCAGACAAGAUUUACCUUCCUAAAACCACAAGUGGAAGAAGAAUAUGGUUAAAAUUAGUAAUGAGAUUUUGUUUUAAGAAGGAUCUUUGAGAAUGUGCUUUGUGAAGCUUCAUCAGUAGAAGCAAGCAAGCACAGUCACAUAUAUUCUUCUCUUUCUCUGUCUUUUAUUUUUUUUUCCAUUAUAAAACAAAAUCUUCUUCUUCUCUUGUCCUACACUCAAAACAAACACACUCUCUUCUUAUUUUGAGUUUAAAGAGUUAAGAUAGAAAAGAUAUGGUGCCGUUCACUAAGCAAUUUGAGGGGCAACUUGUGCCCGAAUGGAAAGACUCCUUUGUCGAUUACUCUCAGCUCAAGAAAGACCUCAAGAAAAUCCAUUUGUUAACCAAUGGAGUUGAGAAGGAGCACACAGAAACUUCUCUCAUCAACACCAUUAAGUCCUCUUUAGGAAAGCUUUCCAUUUUUGGCAACAAGGAACCGGAACGCCCUCGUGCCAUCAAAGUUCAUAGAAAGCUUGCUUCUUCUGUAAGUAACAGUGACGUGUAUGAGACGGAACUCCUGGAGACAAUUUCUGAUGAUACCGGUGCUGCGAAAGAGUUCUUCAUGUGUCUGGACACGCAGCUCAACAAAGUGAAUCAGUUCUACAAGACAAAGGAGAAAGAGUUCUUGGAGAGAGGGGAGUGUUUGAAGAAGCAGAUGGAGAUACUCAUUGAGGUGAAAGAUGCUUUCAAUCAAAAGCAAGCCAAUGGAGAGUCAACUCAAGAAUCAAAAGAAGACGAUUCCAUAUCAUGCACCAUCUCAUGUGAGGAAGACUCUGUUAAAAGCAGAACAGAGGAAAUAGAACUUCAGGAAUAUUGCUUAGAGGAUUUGAAGAACAAUGGGGCAGAAAAAUUGGAGUCUCCAAGAUCACAAGAACCAACCAAAAUCAACAAGAAGGACUCUAAGAUGAAGACAGAUUCUGGCCGUGUUUUCAGCUGUCAUGGGAGGAAGCUCAAGAUAAAGAUCCCAUUGACAAAUCCUUCACGUAAAUUCUCAGCUAUAAGUUACUUCAUCAAAGAAGAUUUGAUAAACCAGUCAUCGUCAAAGAAACGUGGUCCAGAUGGAGUAAAUAAGCUGCGAAUCAGCAAGAAAACCCUAAAUCACGCCGAGAAGAUGAUCAAAGGAGCUUUGACAGAACUCUACAAAGGGUUAAAUUAUCUCAAAACUUACAGAAACUUGAACAUGUUAGCCUUCAUGAAAAUUCUUAAAAAGUUCGAAAAGGUUACUGGAAAACAAAUCCUUCCGAUAUAUCUCAAAGUGGUUGAAAGUUCUUACUUCAAUAGUUCAGACAAGGUGAUAAAUCUAUCAGACGAAGUUGAAGAAUUGUUCAUCAAGCACUUCGCAGGAGAGAAUCGUAGAAAGGCAAUGAAAUAUCUGAAACCGCACCAUCGUAAAGAGUCUCACUCUGUCACCUUCUUCAUUGGUCUGUUCACUGGUUGUUUUGUUGCUCUUCUUGCUGGCUACAUCAUUGUGGCUCAUCUGACUGGUAUGUACAAAAGACACACCGAGAACACUUUCUACAUGGAAACUGCAUAUCCUGUACUAAGCAUGUUUGGGCUCUUAUUUCUGCACUUAUUCUUAUACGGUUGCAACAUAUUUAUGUGGCGAAAAGCGAGGAUAAACUAUAGUUUCAUCUUCGAACUUGGGACCAAAAAUGAGCUCAAGUUUAGAGAUGUUUUCUUGAUAUGUACAGCUUCAAUGUCUGUGAUAGCCGGCGUCAUGUUUGUUCAUCUCUUGCUUCUUGCAAAAGGUUACUCAUUUGGACAAGUUCAAGUGAUCCCUGGCCUUCUAUUACUGGUCUUCUUCUUAAUACUGUUUUGUCCCUUGAACAUUUUCUACAAAUCAAGCCGUUACCGGUUUAUAUCAGUAAUCAGAAACAUUGUAUUUUCACCUCUUUAUAAAGUCGUGAUGCUCGAUUUCUUUAUGGCUGAUCAACUUUGCAGCCAGGUACCUAUGCUAAGGAACCUGGAAUACAUAGCUUGCUACUAUAUAACCGGUAGCUACACAACACAGGACUAUGGAUAUUGUAUGAGAGUCAAGUACUACAGAGAUCUUGCCUAUGCAGUUUCCUUCCUCCCAUACUACUGGAGAGCAAUGCAGUGUGCAAGGAGGUGGUUUGACGAAGGCGAGACAAGCCACUUAGUGAACCUAGGGAAGUAUGUAUCAGCGAUGUUAGCGGCUGGAACCAAAGUGGCUUACGAGAAAGAGAGGAGCAUUGGUUGGCUCUGCCUUGUGGUGGCUAUGUCAAGUAUAGCCACCGUUUACCAAUUGUAUUGGGACUUUGUAAAGGAUUGGGGUUUAUUCCAACAUAAUUCCAACAACCCUUGGCUUAGGAACCAACUCAUGCUUAGACAAAAAUCUAUUUACUACUUCUCUAUGGUUUUAAAUCUUGUUCUAAGGCUGGCAUGGGUACAAACAGUUGUGCACUCAAGUUUUGAGCAUGUGGAUUAUAGAGUGACAGGAUUGUUCUUGGCUGCUCUUGAAGUCAUCAGGAGAGGACACUGGAACUUUUACCGAUUGGAGAAUGAGCAUCUAAAUAAUGCGGGGAAGUUUCGAGCUGUAAAGACAGUGCCACUUCCUUUCAGAGAAGUUGAUGAAGAAGACUGAUCUAAUGGAGUCAAUAACCAUUAAUUACUGUUACUUUGUCAGAGAUUGAAAGAACAAGAGAAGAAAAAGAAGGAAGAGGACGAACGUCCUUGUUGAUCAACCCUGUUUUGUGAUCUGAUCAAAGAAUCCAUUUAUCAUUGUUAUUAUUUUUUCAAUCGCCGGAACUCCUAACCAAUUUCUAGUGAUAACUUUUGAUUCUCAUAUUUUUCUAUAAUCCAUCAUCAUCAACGAUUAGAGAAACCCUAAAUCUAUAAAUGCGCCGAUUAUCAGUAGUGGCAAAUUAAUAACCAAAGACUUGAAGAGUAGUUUUGCACAUUUAUGCAAGGGAAUUUUUUAAACUUAUAAAUUCAUAAGCAAGAAAAUUAAAAGAAAAUCUGAAACUACUGAAGUUAAAACAAGAGAACGUAAAAAAAAAUAACAAGAGAACGUAAAGAGAAAAACACUUUAUUUUAUUAAAGUAGAAGAAGUUAAAGUU